CAUUGUUUCGACUUCACAUUCUAUCACAACAUGAUUUGCAUUUUGGAUUUUAUUUCGUGAAUGUAAUACAUCAUGAAUGUUGACAAGGCGUUAUCGAGUUUGGGACGCUAUAGUCGAUGGCAAAUGUUUUAUAUGGUGUUCCUUGGUGUAUUUUCGUGUUUACCAGAUGCUUGGAGUAUACUUGGUAUCGUUUUCAUAGGUGCAACCCCUGAGCACUACUGCAAACCUCAUCCUGGUAGGAAUAUCACAGAAUCAAGCCCAUAUGAGCUUAGAGAUGGCGCUUUCGUACCAUCUCAAUGUCAAAUGUAUGCCAAUGGUACCAAUUCUACAGUUCCAUGUAUGUAUGGCUGGGAAUAUGGGGAUGAAUUUGAAUCUACAAUUGUCACAGAUUGGGACCUUGUCUGUGGCAAAGCUGUGUACGUCCAGACGUCUGCGGUGAUAUUCAGCUUGGGGAUAGUAGUGGGAGCUAUUUUGUUCACCUCGUUGGCAGACAAGAUAGGGCGGAAACCUGUUUACUUUGGUUGCGCGUGGAUGAUGGCUGUCAUCGGCAUUUCAAGGUCCUUUUCUCAGAACUACACCACGUUCGCCAUUCUUAGUUUCUUUAUUGGUAUGUUCGAACAGGGUGCUGAUGUUGCUGCAUUCGUACUAGCGCAGGAAUUGUUCCCGGGAGACCAGAGAACGAUGGCUGCCAGUAUAAUAUGUUGUUUUUGGGCAAUUUCGGUGGCCCUCUUAGCACCUGUAGCAUAUUUGGUCAGAAACUGGAGAUAUUUACAGCUUGUGCUAGUUAUUCCCUCCGUACUAACAAUCCCUAUGUACUGGUUUACUCCAGAGUCGAUUACUUGGUUAGUCGCAAAUGGUCGGAUAGAAGAGGCUAUUGACACGUUGAAGAAAGCGGCCAAGUUUAACAACAUCAAACUACCCGAUGCUGUACUUACUGCAAGUGUUUACAAUAUCAACAAUAAUGAUCCAGAGUCUGAUGAGAAAGAAACAUUAUCAAAACUUAUGAUGGAAGACGAGAUUGUUGAACAUAAAACAGUGGAUGCAGUAAACGCUAUGGAGAAGUCAACUCCGUUUCAGAGGCUUAAACUAUGGCUAGGAUGGCGAAAACAAUUGAAUUCAACGAGUGUUUUAGAUCUCCUGAAACAUCCCAAAAUGAUUCUAUACUCAGGAAUUAUGGCUUUUUUGUGGUUUGUGAAUACCGUAACUUACUACGGAUUAGCAUUGAGUACGAACAAUCUCUCUGGAAACAGAUUCGUGAAUUUCUUUAUCGGUGGAAUCGUGGAACUCCCUGCUUACCUGUUCAUUAUGUUUUUAUUACACAUAUUGGGGAGACGCCAUCCAUUGUUUCUCUUUCAUAUUUUGGCAGGACUGGCAUUAAUAGCGUCUCCCUUCAUUCCAAAAGGACUUGGCGGUCUAAGCACAGCUUUGGUGAUGAUAGGGAAACUGGCAAUUUCUUCUUCCUUUGGCAUACUCUGGAUAUACGCUCCUGAAAUAUACCCAACCAAUUUCAGGAAUAUUGGCUUAGGAUUUGCAUCUGCCUCUGGUAGAAUUGCAGGCAUAUUGGCACCAUAUACAGGAUAUGUGGACACACUCAUACCUUGGUUCAGCGGUGUGACGUUCGGGGUAGCGGCAUUGAUCUCAGCUUUCCUUGGUAUUCUUCUCCCGGAGACUCUAAAUCGUCCUCUGCCAAUGACCUUCGAUGAAGUCGUAGCAUGGAAGAGGUCGCUCUCGAAAGAGGAAAAACAGAAACUGAAGUGGAAGUGCUGUUCAGGCGAUAAUGAAAGGAACAGUACUAAUGUAACAGAACAAGAAGAGCUGAAUAAUUUGUGAUCCACAGAUUCCAAUUACUGAACGGCCUACUAAAGUUGAACUAUGUUACUGAUAGUACACAUAUUAAAGACCAAAACAGAAAAGAUUAGCAUGGUCAUCUGCGCUCGAGAAUGAAACGGAAUUUCGAGAAGCGUUCCAUAUUCUUUAAAAUGACCAUCCAAAACAAUGCUAUUUGUAGAUCGUUUCAAAUAAUCAGUUUUCAUAAUAUAAUGAACACUGUCUUUUUUGUCAUCACAUCAGUUUUUUGUUGUUUUUGUCUUGACAAGCCUCACCCUUUCAUCGCCAAAAUCUACUGAGUGAAGAUUUCCAAAUUCAUAUUUACCAUCAUAAAUUAAUAAAUUGGCUCUCAAUAAACGGUACUCCC